AUGCCACACUCUGGUUCUGUGGUUCCACUCGACUUGCCACAGGUUUCCAAAGUGUGGUUCGGCUAUGGAUUUAAUUUCUUUAUAGUUAUGAGUGACAGAAACACCAAUAUUAGUGCUAGCCAAAUAAGUUUAGCAUUUUCAUCAGCCAGCUCAUUUCCACCAAUACCAACGUGGUCCGGGACCCACUCAAUGAUGAGCGCCGUUGACAAACCAUUGAUAAAAAUUCUAAAAAGUGUUGGUGCUAUCACAGAGCCCUGGGGUAUGCCAUUUUCUAAGGUCAAGAUGGGAGACUUGGGUCUCUGGGGUGGUGUCGGCGACCUUGGUGAGAGUGAUAGCUCGGCCGAGAGGUACUACAACUUUGAAUUUGAAGACACAUCAGUAACUUUUCAUUCCAGGCUGGUUUCAGAGAUGCUGGUAAACAAACAAACUUUAAAGGUCCUCUGUCUUAAAAAACCCUCAAAUAUGUCUUGUAGUCAUGAUAUAUGUGCUGAACAUGAGGUCUCAUCGAAACAUUGUGAAAACAUCCUUGAUCUGGAAGAACAAACAUCAACACAUUCUUGCGAGAAGCCUUUUAAAUGUGGGAUGUGUUUAAAGUGUUUUGCUUACAAGUGUCACAUUAUGCAGCACUUGAAGAUCCACUGUGCAGAAAUACCAUAUCAGUGUGAGGUGUGCAGGAAGUGUUUUGGUGAGAAAAGAUACUUGAAAAAGCAUGUCUUAAUUCACACUGGAGUUAAGAAAUUCAAAUGUGAAGUGUGUACGAAAUGUUUCUCACAAAAUACCUACUUGAAACGACAUAUAUCGGUUCACUCUGGUCUUAAGAAUUUCAAAUGUGAGGAAUGUGCAAAAUGUUUCUCACGAAAUACGCACUUGAAACAACAUAUGCUCGUUCAUACUGGAGUUAGGAAUUUCAAAUGUGAGAGAUGUGAAAAAUGUUUCUCAAAUAAUCGUAACUUGAAACAACACAUGUUGGUUCACACUGGUGUUAAGAAUUUCAAAUGUGAGGUAUGUGAAAAAUGCUUCUCACAAAAGAACAACUUAAAACAACAUAUGUUUCUUCACACUGGAGUUAGGAAUUUCAAAUGUGAAGUAUGUGCAAAAUGUUUCUCACGCAAUGCUCACUUGAAACAACAUAUGUUGGUUCACACUGGUGUUACGAAUUUCAAAUGUGAGGUAUGUGCAAAAUGUUUCUCAAGUAAUCCUAACUUGAAACAACAUAUGUUGGUUCACACUGGUGUUGAGAAUUUCAAAUGUGAGGUAUGUGCAAAAUAUUUCUCAAGUAAUCGUAAUUUGAAACAACAUAUGUUGGUACACACUGGUGUUAAGAAUUUCAAAUGUGAGGUAUGUGCAAAAUGUUUCUCACGAAAUACGCACUUGAAACAACAUAUAUUGGUUCACGCUGGUGUUAAGAAUUUCAAAAGACCGACUUGAAACAACAUAUGUUUGUUCACAAUGGUGUUAAGAAUUUCAAAUGUGAGGUAUGGGCAAAAUCUUUCUUACGAAAUACCAUCUUCAAACAACAUAUGUCUCUUCACAUAGGUGUUAGGAAUUUCAAAUGCUAGGUAUGUGCAAAAUGUUUCUCACAAAAUACCUAAUUGAAACAAGAUAUGUUGGUUAACACUGGUGUUAAGAGCUUCCAAUGUGAGGUAUGUGUAAAAUGUUUCUCAAAUAAUAUCAGCUAACGACAUAUGUGCUAUUAGAAGUUUCAAAUGUGAGAUAUGUGAAAGUGUUUGUCAAGUAAUCGUAACUUGAAAUAAGAUGUGUCUGUUCACACUGGUGAUAAGAAUUUCAAAUGUCAGGUAUAUGAAAAUUGUUUCUCACACAAUAUCGACCUGAAACAACAUAUUUUCGUUCACACUAUUGUUAAGAGUUAAAUGUGAUGUAUGUGUUAAAUGUUUCUCAUACAAUAGCAGCUUGAAUCUUCGUAUGUUUCUUCACACAGGUAAUAAACAGUUCAAGUGUGACACGAUGAUGUGCACAAAAUGUUUCCUCAUGGUUAUCAGCUGAAAUGACAUCUGUUAAUUCAUGCAAAUUAGAAACUUUUAAUACGUUGAAAAUACACAGAGUGGUUUAGCAUACAACACCUGUCUGUUCAUAUUAAUUAGACAGGUGUGUAGCUCAAUAGUAGUGUGAUGGGUCAUGGGAUGAACACUCGUCAAACUGGUUUAACAUACAACCCCAUUUUGGAGUGCCCCGUGUCUGUUCAUAUUAGUUAGAGAGGUGUGUAGCUCAGUAGUAGUGUGGUGGGUCAUGGGAUCAACACUCGGCAGACUCAUUUAACAUACAACACCAUUUUGGAGUGCCCCGUGUCUGUUCAUAGGUCAGUAAUUAUGUGAUGGGUCAUGGGAUCAACACUCGUCCAACUGAUUUAACAUACAACACCAUCCUGAAGUGCCUUCUAUCUGUUCAGAUUAAUUAGAGAGGUGUAUAGCCCAGUAGAUGUGUGAUGGGUCAUGGGAUCAACAGUCGUCAAACUUGUUUAACAUACAACACGAUCUUCAAGUGCCUCCUCUCUGUCUGUUCAUAUUAAUUAGAGAGGUGUGUAGCUCAGUAGAAGUGUGAUGGGUCAUGGGAUCAACACUCGUCACACUGAUAUAACAUACCACACCAUCUUGAAGUGCCUCCUGUCUGUUCAUAUUAAUUAAAGAGGUGUGUUGCUCAGUAGUAGUGUGAAGGGACAUGGGAUCAACACUCGUCAGACUGGUUUAACAUACAAGACCAUCUUGAAGUGCCUCCUGUCUGUUCAGAUUAAUUAGAGAGAUGUGUAGCUCAGUAGUACUGUUAUGGGUGAUGGGAUCAACACUCGUCAAACUCGUUUAACAUAGAACAAGAUUUUCAAGUGCCUCCUGUCUGUUCAUAUUUAACAUACAACACCUGUCUGUUCAUAUUGAUUAGAGAGGUGUGUAGCUCAGUAGAAGUGUGAUGGGUCAUGGGAUCAACACUCGUCAAACGGACUUAAAAUACAACACCAUCUUGAAGUGCCUCCUGUCUAUCCUUAAGGCGACAUAAAGAGGUAUGUAGGUCAGCAGACGUGUGAAGGUCAUUAAAUCAAUACUCGUCAUAAGACCUACUUUAGGAUUUAUCACUCACACUAUGCCACCGUUCCCGUAACUUUCACCAACAUCAUGAAUAAGAACGAAGGUAAAAUGGUUGAAUAUGGUUCAGUAUUCGCUGUGGGUAUUAUGACUAUACAAUUAUGGCUCUGAACAGCUAAACUACAUUGGUUGUCUGAGAAAUAUAAAUUACAAGUUUAGACAUAGUCCUGGUUUAUGCUGUUUAUAAAAUUUCAAAUGUCAUGUGUCUGCCAAAUGAAUUUAGACACAAUAUAACUUUAGACAUAAUACUGGUUUAUGAAUUUAGAUGGAGUAUAACUUUAGACAUAAUACCAGUUUAUGAUUUUAGACAGAAUAUAACUUUAGACAUAACACUGGUUUAUGAUUUUAGAUAGAGUAUAACUAGACAUAAUACGAGUUUUUGCUGGUUAUAAGAUUUUUAAGUGUGAUGUGUCAUAGGUUUCACACAGUGCCUGUUUAAAACAAAAUUAAUUUCAUCUUAUGCUGUUAAUAAAAUGUACAAAUGUGAAGUGUCUACCAGAUUAAACUACUUUAAUGUCAUUUCAUGCUGUUAAUAAAAGUUAUAAAUGUGAAGUGUCUACCAGAUUACACUAUUUUAAUGGCGUUUUAUGGUCUUAACAAGAUUUACAAACGUGAGGUGUCGAAGUGUUCACGAUAUAUUUUAGUAUUUGUCAAGCAUGUUUUCUGCUGAUAUUGUAAGUUUAUUGUAGGCUCUGUGCGUAUCAAAAUUAUAUAUCAAUAAACAACUGAUCUGAA